AUGAGUGCAAAGAUGGAACCUGAAGCGGAUGAUGCCAACGUCACGUAUCCUUCACCAGGGGCAGAGGCGAUGGAGUCCGGUCCUUUCUACAACACUGGUGGUCGGGAUGGUGCACAGGAACAUCAGGAGCAUGACCACCAUGAUCAUACAGGAUCGCAUCAUGAGCCACAUCAUGAGCCUGACCAUCAUGUCCCUGGACAAGUGCAACAUGUGCAAGUACCGGAUCAUAACCAGAACGAAAUGCAACCAACAGAGCCAGAAGCCCCUCAGCAGCACGUCUCCCGCCCCGCCAAUCUCGAAGAGCUUCAGCUGGCAGCACAACUAGGCCAGGGUCUAGCUGGAACAUCCAUGAUGCCCACUACAGACCCCAACAUGAACGUCGAAGAUCCCAACCUGCGUAGCAUCAUGCCCCAUCCCGAGCCCGAUCAACAGCAGACUCCGUCGUAUGUUCACGAUACACCCACAAGCGAUCCGAUGGUAUCACAUGCUAUGUCUGUUUCUGUUGGGGCACCCCUGACCCCUCAAUAUCCUCUCGACACUAGCAUUCCACCCAGAAAGCGCUCCAAGGUGUCCAGGGCCUGUGAUGAGUGUCGAAGGAAGAAGAUAAAAUGUGACGCUCAAUCGGACACUGGAGAUGCUCCUUGUUCUAGCUGUGCUAGAUCAUCUAUUCGAUGCCUGUUCAGCCGUGUGCCUCAGAAGAGGGGUCCAAGUAAAGGAUACAUCAAAGAACUUGCAGAUCGCAUCCACAGUAUUGAGAACAAACUCGAGUCGGAUGGAGGUCUGAGCCAAGACGACAUUGACAGGCUUUUUGUUACAGACCGGCCUCGACAGAGUCAAGGGGAGGAUCCCAACCGCAAACGACCUUUCUCUAGUAUAUCAACAAAUGAAUUCGCUACACCCUCCCGACAAACGCCAUGGGGUUCGGAGCAUCGCAUUCAAGAGUCACCAGGAACAUCUGAAGCAUAUGCAACUUACAGUAAUACCUCUCUGGCACCACAGCCCACAGCUGUUAAGAUUGAUAGCACACCUUCCAAGCCCCCUGUCGCCGCGAUGGAUGUCUCAAUGCCUGAUGCUCACGAGGGCGUCGACAUCGAUGAAAGCAUGCUGCAUGGUUAUUUGUCGAGCGUUCAGCCUGUCUAUCCGAUACUGCCAAGAACAAAGAACCGAAUGCAGGCACUACUCGCACAAUGCCCGACAACUCUUCAAAACGCAUUCGCAAAUGCCCUGCCUGCUGUCGCUGCGUCUGGCGGCGAUACGAAACUUGCCAGCUUCCUACUUAAUGAAAUGGAGAGUGAUGAAGCCGCUGCCCCACAGGCUGUUAACAUUGUCCACGGACAAACGUUGCUGCUGCUUAUUAUUGAUGCCGACUGGCGGUCAUCGCGUACUUUGCCGUUCUUAUUGGCACGUGCAGUCUCGCUAGCCAAUUCAAUGAAGCUGUGGAGAUACACUCCAAUGGAGUCAGUCGAGGAAUCAGAUUCAGACGACCAGCUAUCUGUGCGAAUCUGGUGGUCACUGAUCCUGAUGGACCGCUGGCACGCAACGGGUACGGGCAAGCCGCCCCUAAUACCAGACAGCAGUGUAGUUGCUCCCGCUGGUUUGGAGAAUAUCUUGGGAGAAAGUUGCUUCUACCUCGUUCGAAUGUCAAAACUACUCAACCGCCUUUGGCACGCCAUCUCAACAUUGCAGCCUGGAGCGUCGACAACUGAGCAACCGAUCGCGCGUAUUCUUACAGACUACAUUGAGAACUACCGUGAGGAUCUCCCGGCACAUAUAGAGCCUGUGUCACAUCCCAUGGUUCACCUGGCAUACUGGCACUGCAAGCUCAUAGUUGCGCUUCUCACGCCAGGUGCCACACCUGCAGAGACGAUAUGGCCAACGAGGGAACUGGUCAAUCUCCUCUUUGCAAACGAGUACCUACGUAGUCCGCUCGUCAACCAUUUCGUCUCCCUGGUCUCUAUGUCUCUGGCGAAGUUGGUCAAGAUCGACAGCUCGAAUGAAGAAGCGACGCAAUUGAUCAAGGACAUUGUAGAAAAGCCCGCCCCAGUGUGGGAUGGUAUUCGAGACAAACUCGCGGAUUACAUGCGUCCCACAUCCUCGGUGGAAGCAACAGCGAGCCAGGGUCUCCAGCAUCUGGCAGACCUGGCCACAGCACAUGAAGGUAUUGCGCCAGGAGGCGACGACAUCGCCUUCGGGCCAUCAUUGGCAUCGGGAUAUCUUGAUAUGGCCUAG